AUGCACUUUAGUAUACCUUCUUCCAAGAUAGCACAGAGAGGAAUCUCCACACAAGCUCUAGUCACAGAUAGCAAAGAUUUGUACAAGCUUCUCGCUCGCUGUGGAGAGGCCAAAGAUCUUCUCCAGGGACGAUACCUUCACGCGCGAAUCCUUCCAAGCGAGAUACAAAAAAACGCUCCUCUUGGCAACCAGAUCGUUCAAAUGUAUGGUCGGUGUGGCUGUCCCGAGGAAGCACGAAAAGUUUUCGAGACCAUCGAAGAGAGAACUUUGAUCUCAUGGAACAUCAUGCUUGGUGCAUAUACCCAAAACGGGUAUAUGGUGGAAGGGAAGUUUCUCUUCGAAAGAAUACCAAAGCGGGAUGUGGUUUCUUGGAAUUCUCUAUUAUCUGGGUAUGCCCGUGUCGGGUACACUUCUGAAACAGGCACCAGCUUUGAAAAAAUGCCUGGGCAUGAUUUAGUCUCGUGGACUUCUAUGCUUAAAUUAUAUGCUCAAACGGGGCAUCUGGGUCAAGGAAAAAGUAUGUUUGAUAGAAUGCCAAACAGGGACAUAGUCUCUUGGAACACUAUGAUCGCUGCCUUUGGCGAAAACGAGAAAUGGAAAAGCGCUGCUGCGAUGUUUGAAAGAAUGCCCGAGUGGAGUCUCGUGUCUUGGAAUUCCGCUUGCCAGGCAUUUUCGCAAGGUGGGCUCCUGGAGGAGGCCAAACGGAGCUUCGAUCAAAUGCCAAAACGAGAUCUAAUCUCGUGGAAUGCAAUGCUAGCUGCGCUUGUUCAAAAGGGGAACGUUGACGAGGCCAGGAAGCUGUUCGAUCGAUUUCCACUCCGGAGUUUGAUCUCGUGGAACACUCUUUGCGUGGGUUAUGCCGAGAACUGGUCGAUCUCGGAAGCCCGGAACACGUUUGAGCUCAUGCCGGAGCGGGACGUUUUCGCGUGGACGAUCAUGCUGGGAUCAUACGGACAGGAUGGUCAGCUGGAAGAAGCGAAAAACUUCUUCGAUUUCAUGCCAAGGAGGAGCCUAGUGACAUUCACGGCGAUGAUCGCAACUUACGGACAGAAUGGAUUCGUGGAGGAAUCCAAAAGGCUCUUUGCUGGCUUGCGAGAAUCAAACAACGUAACUUGGAGUACGAUGUUGCUGGUUCUCGCUCACGCUGGCUGUGUCGAAGAGACCGAAGAACUCUUUGCCAGGAUGCCCGAAAAGAGUGUUGUCUCGUGGACGAUCUUGAUCACGGCGUAUGCCCAAAACGGCCAUAUGCUGCAAGCCAAGAAAACUUUCGAUCGCAUCAAGAACAGGGACACGGUUGCAUGGGCAGUGAUGGUGGCGGCAUUUGCUCAAUACGGAAGUGGGCGAGACGCGAUUGAUCUGUGGAGAGAAAUGGAGCUCGGGGGUUUCAAGGCGGAGGAGAUAACUCUGCUAAACGUUCUUGCUGCUUGCAGCCAUGAGGGAUUGAUCGACGAAGCUUGGAGGGUGUUCGUGUCGAUACCACGGGACUAUGAUCUUGGAUUGAACAGGGAGCAUUACUGGUGCAUGCUGGAUGUUCUAAGUCGAGUUGGGAUGAUCGAAGACGCCGAGGAGCUCAUCGAAACAAUGCCGUUUUUGCCAGAUGAAAUUGCGUGGGGAACUUUGCUGGCUGGAUGCAAGAUCCACAACAAUCCCAACUGUGGAGGUCGUGCCGCUGAUAUGAUCCUCCGUAGCAAGCCCUGUGCAUCCACCCCUUUGAAAGCAUUGCUGGGCAUUUGUGUAUAG